ACAUAAGGCGGGGGCAACCCAGAGCGAAAGGCUGGAAGGGACCAGGGUUUAGCUCUCCUCGGUGGGCCCGGGGGUUGGGGGGGGUAAAAGGAAGGGAAGAAAGCAGCAGCAUGGAGCUGGGCUGGCUGCUGUGGGGGGCGGCGGUGCUGCUGCUGCUGCCCGUGCUGAUGGAGCUGAGCCCCGCCGUCAACUUCGCGUUGCGGAUCGGCUUCUACUACCUGCUCUUCUUCGUCUGCUCGGCUCUCACGGCACCCGUCUGCCUGCUGGUCAACGGCGGCCGAACCGUCAAGAACAUGAGGAUCAUCAAAACCGUAGUCAGGACCUUCAAGUACUUCUUCGGCCUGAGGUUUGAGGUGAAAGGACUGGAGAACUUCGAGGUGGAGGGCCCAGCCAUCAUCGUGUCCAACCACCAGAGCAUCCUCGACAUGAUGGGGCUGAUGGAGGUCCUGCCCGACAACUGUGUCCAGGUGGGGAAGAAGGAGCUGAUGUACGCCGGCACCGUGGGGCUCAUCAUCUACCUCGGGGGUGUCAUCUUCAUCAACAGGAAGAGCACCAGCAGUGCCAAGAUGGUGAUGGCGGAGGUGGCCAAGACGAUGGCGACCGAUAACGUGAAGGUGUGGGUGUACCCGGAGGGCACGAGGAACUGCACCGGGGAUUUGCUGCCGUUCAAGAAGGGAGCGUUUCACGUCGCCGUCCAGGCGCAGGUCCCGGUGAUCCCCGUGGUGUACUCCUCCUUCACCACCUUCUAUAACCCAAAGAAGAAUCUGUUCACAUCAGGCAAAAUCAAGGUCGAGGUUCUGCCUCCGAUAGAGACCAAAGGCCUGACAUCCGACGAUGUCUCUGAGCUCACCGACAGAUGCUACCGCAUCAUGAGGGAGACCCUCUUCAGGCUGUCCGGCCGCCCAGGCGAGGUGAAGGACUCGUCCUAGAUGCUCCUCCAGUGGCGUCACCAUGCGGUGGUGGCUGAAGGGACCUGUCUGUUGCCAAAUACCCAAGGAACUUCUCUUCUGCAGUGACUUCUAACUCUGGGGACAUCGUGGACUGGCACACGAGGCGCGUUGAGCCAGCGCUGAGGUUCCCCACUGAGCGGAUUUCUCUUCUGGGUACAUUAUCUUGCAAUGAAACGUCUCCUUUUUUCUGUAUUUCUCAGGCAUCAAAAUUGUGCUACCAAAGGGCUCGAUGACAAAGAGGUGAGUUCCCCAGCUCAGGCAGCUGCUGUGGGGCGAUGAAGAAAGCCUGGCCGGGGGCUGGGCUCUGCCCCGUGUCCCCACGCCUGCGUUAGGUGCUGGCCCUGUACGGCCCCAGGUGGAAAGCCACCAGGCAGCAACGUGCACAUGACGCUGCUCAGACCAAGCUGAAAAUUGGGUAAAAAGCCCAACUGUGCGUGCUGGGAGCACGGUGUCCUCCCGGGUCAGGGCAGAGCUCCCGGCUGUCUCUGAGAGAUGCCCUUGGGUCUCAGCAGCGCCUUGUGCCGGGCUCUGCGUUGCCCAGGUGCUCUUGAGCCAAACCUUUUGCACUUUGUGGAAAGCUCCCAGGGCCGAUACCUUCAAGUGGGCUGAAAAGGGGAGUGCACGCAGCCUUUUAAAUGUGUCUUAGGGCUUGGAUUUCCUUUAUCUGAACAAGUGCUCUUGGUCACCGAGGGGUGCAGCAGUGCAGGGGAAGCUGUAGGCUCCCCAAGCCAGCAUACGCGGGCUGGGGCUGUCUGAGUGCUGCCCAGCCUUGCCAGAAAUCAUCUUCUGAAUGAGACCCCGUGCCCGCUGCUGGCAUUCAGAGCCACAGCCUGAUUAAAAACUGCCCAGAUCUGUUAGGGUCUGCCAAGCUGCGCUCAGGACAAGCCUCUGGAUGCUUCGGGACGUGCACCCGGGCUGCCCCAGUGCUUCCUCGGUGCAAAUUUCUGCCAGCUCCCUGCUGUGCUCUCUGCUCCAGCCCCUCGCAGUGAGCAUCCCGGUGCCUGUGGUGCUUGUUCCAGAGGCAGGGGGCUCCUGUCGCAGCCUUGUCAUGGUCAGCACUGGCCGAAAGAUGGUGCCUCUCCCUUGUCUGUGGGCUGAGCUCAGCGGAGCUGCUGCUCCGAGAGAGAGAUGCAAAACUCAGGAGGAGCCACGGGGUGUGUGAGCUGCAUCUGUAACGAGCAGCGGAGCUGGGAAGGCUUCGGCUCUUCCCCUGGGGGGUAAAAUAAGCUCCAUGCUCAGAGCAGGAGUUCAGCUAACGGGGUUUCGCCUGUGCUCCGGGGUAGGGGACCAGCAGGGCUCCUGGAUCCCGUGCUGGGAGCUCCAGGAGCGCUGAUGCCCUCUGAGAAGAGCAGGGCUGGCUCCCGAGGGUGCUUCCAGGGUGUGGAGAGGCUUCAGCACCCCUGCUAAAGGGGCAACACCUCGAGGUGAGCCCCCUGGGGCUGCUUGGAUACCCCGUACAGCCGGGUCUUGCAGCCUGUCUGUGGCUGCGCUGGUGGAAGCAGGCUCGCAGGGCAUUUUUGGGGGUAAAGCCUUGCCUGGGGCUUUAUGGGGGGGCCUCACGGUACAGUCUCAGGUGUCAGACCCGUGGGAUGGGUCGGGGUGGGAGGAUGGAAACUCAACCAGCACUUUGUAAGAGCGGCAGGCGAGCGGCUGUCAGAGAGGUUAAACCCAGACGGGUCCCAGGAGAGCAGCCACGGGGGCGACUCCUGCAGCACCUGGGAAAAGGGAGGGGUGCCUCCGGGCCUUGUCUGCUGCUCGCUUUUAAUUGGGGUGAGAAUGAUGUAUUUGCUUAAAAAGAAAAAAAAAAAAAGUACACCUUUGGUUAUUUAAAUAAA